UCGCCGGCAACGCAAGGCACCGCGCGGCUUUUAAGAAGAGGGAGAGCCAGAGAGCCAGUCAGUGUGUCACAGACUAUCAGUGGAGGAACACGUCACUCUCUACACCUAACCAUGGUCGGCUGGGGAUACGCAAAGGCAAAUGGGCCAAGCACGUGGCCAGCUAUGUACCCUGUGGCGGGCGGCAGCAAGCAGUCCCCCAUUGACAUCAAGAGGACAGGCUGCCCUUUGGAUCCCAGGCUGAGCAAGAUGCAGGCUGCCUAUGCCGACAUCAAGAUCUCUGAGCUCUCCAACAACGGACACUCAUGGAAGGCGCAAGUUGGCAGCGGCAGGUCGAGCCUGCGCGGGGGACCUCUGGGUGAUGACGAGUACGUGCUUGAGCAGUUUCACCCUCACUGGGGCAAGACCAACGAGAGGGGAUCCGAGCACACAAUAGAUGGCGCCUGCUACCCGGCUGAGCUUCACCUGGUACAUUGGAACAAGAGCAAGUUUUCAAGCUUUGCCGAGGCCGCCGCAACUGAGGGUGGCCUGGCCGUGCUGGGAAUGUUCCUGGCGGUUGGACAGGAGCACCCAGAGAUGUCGAAGAUCGUUAGCCUGCUUCCCUUCAUCAGCCACAAGGGCCAGGCCAUCACCGUGACCGACACUGUGCACCCUGAGACCUUCCUACCCAAAAACGGGUCAUACUACACUUACAGCGGCUCUCUCACCACGCCUCCUUGCUACGAGUCUGUAACGUGGAUUGUAUUUGAGCAGCCCAUCCAGGUGUCUGAGGCCCAGCUGGACGCCUUCAGGAGACUCAAGUCGUACCACCCCUGUGAGGACUGCCCCCAGGACGAGCUGCAGGGCGCCCUCGUGGAGAACUACCGCCCGCCAUGCCCCCUGUGUGAUCGGGUUGUCAGGAAGUUUAGCGACAAGCUGGAGGAAGAGUAAAAGAGGAGGAAGAGGAGGAGGAAGAGACACCAGGCAGGGAUAGGAGGAGGAGGAGGAGGAGGAGGAGGAGGAGGAGGAGGACGGUUUGUUAUCUUAUGGUUAUGUAACAGAAAUAUAUAGGAAAUAAUGAAAGAAGAAAGGAAGAAUGAGAAAUAGAAAAUAGUGAAAGAGGAAAGGAAGAAUGAAGCAAAACUAUAAAAAGAAGAAAGAAGAGAAAAGAAAAAAAAAAAGAAUAUAGAAACAAAGAGAACACAGAAUAAAAAAAAACAAGUGAAAAAGGAGGAAAAAAUAGAGGGAAGAGAAAAAAGAAAACGACUAAACGAAUGAAGGAGAGAAGGAGAGAAGGAGAGGAGAGAAAAAAAAAAUCUAUAUUCAUCAGGCAGAAGGAGAGAAAUGUUGUUUGUGUAUAUGCCCGGAGAGAAGGAUGGAGGGAUGGAGGAAAGAUACCUUGUCAUUCCCUCCAUGCCCCCCUCCCUCCCUCCUCCUUCCUCCCUCCCUCCCUCCUGCCUACGUCAAACUCUCUCCCUGUUUGCGUUGUUGUUGUUGUUGUUUGGCGAUGUUUGUUACCGUUGUGUGUGUGUGUGUGUGUGUGUGUGUGUGUGUGUGUGUGUGUGUGUGUGUGUGUGUGUGUGUGUUAGCAAGAGUAAUAAUCAAAAUAUUAAAUAAUGCUAAUAAUGUUAUUUUCGGAAAAGAAAGUGAUGAAGAAGGAAGUUAGAGAGAAAAGACGAAAGAGGAAGAAAAGAAAAA